UAAUGAGCUCCAUGAUUACUACAGUACACCACACUGAGCGCGACACCAGUUCUCCAGCUAAAUAAAUAUACAAAAAAGACAUACGUCACCCAACAAAACCAUGGUGGAGUGGACUGAGGAAGAGCGAUCCUUCAUCCAGGAGAUUUUCAGUAAGAUUAAGUAUGAAGAUGUAGGCCCUAAGUCUCUGUGUAGGGCUCUGAUCGUGUACCCCUGGACUCAGCGCUACUUCGCGCAUUUCGGGAACCUGUAUAACGAGGAUGCCAUUAUGGGAAACCCGGAGGUGGCCAGGCACGGGGCAGUGGUGCUGCACGGACUGGACGCGGCAGUGAAGAACAUGGACAACAUUAAGAGCAACUACGCCGAGCUGGGCGAGCUGCACUCCGAGAAGCUACAUGUGGAUCCCGAUAACUUCAAGCUGAUGGCUGACUGCAUUACAGUGGUGAUCGCUACUCAGAUGCGUGCCUCCUUCACCCCCGCCAUGCAGGCCGCCUGGUACAAAUUCCUCUCAGUGGUGGUCUCAGCUCUGAGCAGACAAUACCACUAAAUCUCUCUUACACUCACACACAAUGACUCUGUUACACUGUAAAGAAUUGAUAUGUUGUUUGAAUGUUAAUAACAUGGAUUAUAAUGUUACAUGAAGACAAUAGGGAACCUAAACUGACUGGACAACAGAGGAAGAGGUAUCAUAACAAAUAGUCCAAAUCUUUUUUCAGUCUUUAUAUGUUGCAGUCAACUUCCAACUUAAUGCACCUUGAUCCAUUCAGACAUUUUAAAGCCAUGUUCACUUGCUUUGUUGUUAUUUUGUUCUGGGUCCCUCUGUUUUUCUGUUGCAUGAAGUUCUUUAACAUGCUCUAUAAACUUUUUGUCAGCAGUGAUUCUACACUGAACUCUAGUCCUAAAGAAGUUGAGUGUGAGAUUAUGAACUUCAUGAGAAGUUUAGCCCACUCUCUAAAGAUAGCUUGCAUGCCAAAUAUAAUUCACAAAAAGAAAAACAGAACUGCUAGUUGACAAAAAUGUAUGACGAGAGCACGUUUGUUGUAGAUAAUAUUAUGUUCAUCAUGUUUCUAGUAAAACUGUGUAAAUAGCCAAGAUAAAAUAUGUUCAAUAAAUUUAUAAUUAUUAUUAACCCCUUAAAACCCCUGACUUAUUACAUUCUUCGACUUAUUAUUCAGUAGCAAUAUGAUCAUAUCUGGUUUAUUCUUCUAGAGAAGUGUAAUAAAACUUUGGGCCCGCUGGUGGGUCCACGCCAUUUAAGAGGCUAAAUUUUUAUAGAUGUUAUGAAGGUUGUCAAUGAAUUGUACAAUCCAUUAUCUUAGUUUACCACUUGAGGUAGAUAGAGUCUAUAUGCGGUCAGAUGCAAAAGCUUGGGUGCUCUGGACAAAUUAUGUUUUGCAAAUGUCCUCUACAGUUUAUGUAUAAUGUUUUUUUGUUUUUUUUGCAGAUUUGUUGCCUGUAGACAUGUUGACUUAUGUUCAAAUUAAACAACCACUGAAUUUUUCCAUAUAUUUCCAUAUAAGCUGUGGCAUACCACUCUACAGCGAACACAAGCAUGGAAAAUCCUCAGCCUUGGACUGAACUAUGUGUGUGUAAUAUGAACAGACUCCAAUGAUCCAUCCUGCAGAUGAUCCUGUGUUAUCAGGGCAAAGACUGAACAAAUAGCUGGUCACAAAGUAGUACCUCAUAGUACCUAUCCAUUACUGCAUCAUAAUAAAAGAGACACACGUCA